GUAGCUUGGCCUCCGCUGGUUGGCUGGGGCUUGGCAAUGAGCGAGAAAAAUGUGGUUGCCUAGCGACAAGAGAGGCCUCCGUUGUACACAGCCUGGACUUAACUUGGGCAGCAAUUUAGGGCUCCAGGCAGGUAUGAACUAUGUCUUUUAAGCUGAAAUGCUCAGAAAAUGAUACAGAGUGAUUCUCAAAACCAGAUUGCUUCUGAUGAAAUAAUUAAAGAGUUGUGUACAAGUAAUGGAUUGGCUUAUGAAAGACUUGAGCAAGAAGGACCUUCAACACAAAGCUUGGAGAUGUUUUUCUCAGGCUACCCCAGAAUAGUAGGCCUGUCUCAUUUCCCCAGUUUAACAAAACUAACUCUGGUUAGGCAGCACAUCCAGUGGAUUUCUGAUUUAGAGAACUGUCCGUUUCUUAAAGAAUUAUGGAUAGCUGAAUGCUGUUUGAAAAAAAUUGCUGGUUUGGAAAAAUGUAUUCUUUUGAAAAAACUUUACCUGUAUUGCAAUAUGAUUUCCAUUAUUGAAAAUCUGGAAAUGCUACAAAAGCUGGAGAUACUUUGGCUUAAUGGGAACCAGAUUAAAGAAAUACAGGGGCUGACUUCAUUGAAGAGACUGAAAGAACUCAAUCUUGCAGAUAACAAUAUUAGUAAAAUUGGAAACCGCUUGGAUCCAAGUGAAAGCAUUGAAAAAUUAAAUUUGUCUGGUAACAGAAUACGCUCAUUUAAAGAAAUUACCAAUUUGGCAAGAUUACCUCACUUAACAGACCUGUGUUUGAAUGACCCCCAGUACGAAGCUAACCCUGUUUGUCACCUUUGCAAUUAUGCAACACAUGUGCUAUAUCACAUUCCUUUGCUUCAAAGGCUUGACACUUACGAUGUAUCUUCUAAACAAAUCAAAGAGCUGGCAGAGACAACUGUGAUGAAAAAAGUGAUGUACUACAAUAUGCGAAUCAAGAGUGUUCAUAGACAACUGAAUGAGGAGCUUGAAAAGCUAAGAGAAAGAAAGAACAAACUACAGAAAUUGCCAGAAGAUCGUCUUAAACAUUUCAGCUGCUAUGUGAAACAUGUAAGAAAGGCAAAUCCCGCCAUCACCAAACUGGAACGUGAAUUGAUGGAACUUCAAGCAAGUGGCAGAAUACAAGCUAGUAAAGUUUCUUCAAGCUGGAAUUUUGAAUAUGAAAAACCAGAUGGGGAUGGGGAGAGUCCAGAUGAGACCCCAGAAGAAUCCAGUCUGGAACAACUAUUUCUUCAUAAAUUAGAUGCCCUCAAAAGAAGAAUAAAUUUCUGGAACAACAAACUGCAGGAAAUUGAAACUAUUUAUCAAGUGGAAGUCAAGAAGAAGAAGAAAACCAGCAAUUUGGCAGUACAGUUUUUGCUUACUGAACUGGAAUCUGUGGGAAACACACGAUUUGAAGAGGGCUCACCAAAUGAUGUUUGGUUUAAUUCAUGCUAUGAAUUGAUUUUAUCCCGAUUUUGUGCCUGGGACUUCAAAGUAUAUGGCAUCACUGCACUGAAAGUAAAUCGUGUCAUUAGGGUGCACAACCGGAUUUUGAGGCUGAAUUUUGAGGAGAAAUUCCAAAACUUUUUGGAUAAAGAAGAGUUAAAUGAAUCCAUAAACUUCAAGAAGAUGUUGGAGUACCUCUUCUAUGUAUCUCCCCCUGAAAUAUACUUGAAUAAAAAGCAAUUAAUUCAAAUUCUAGAAGAAGGCUUUCAGGAAGCAAAAACAGAAAAUGGAGUCCUUUUACUCUCAAACAGUCUAAGUAUCUGUGAACAUCCAAGAAUUGAAAACCUGCAAAAACAAUCCCAAAGUAAAGGAGAUUUUGAGGAGUCAAUCAGAUAUGGGAAACUUAUAAUUGCCAAAGUCUUUCUUGGGCAUAGUGCUGGAGCCGCUGCUACAGAUUCAGUCACCCCAGCCAGCUAUCCUGGGAUCGAUAGUGUAUACAAGCCUCGCAGAUCAUCUCAAAACAGCCCUCAUACAUCCACCAACGGGACUGUGGAACCAGACAAAGCUAAAUCUUCCGAAUCAUGUUCUUCUGUGGAAUGCAAGAAUUGUGACUGUAGCCUCCGACAGUGUGAAUGGUUUGUGUUUGAUCAUGAGCUUGUUUUGCCAGAGUACGUCAUUGAAUUUGAGUACGUCACACAGGUCAAAGUGGAGGCUUUAUUCUCCUCACCCAGCAAUGUGAUUGGGGAGGAUGGAAGGCGAAAUUCAGCAGGCUUUGUAUUUUCUCGGGAUCUCCAACAUGAUGAUGAAGUGUUAAGCAUGGAACCAAUAAUUAAGCCCAAGCCCAAAAUUAUUUGCUUGGAUGAAAAAACUGUGAUGGCAAUCUCCAAGGCCAAUAUUUAUAGUCAGAUUGUUGUUCUGAAUCUACAUGGAAACCGGCUUACUAAACUCCGAGAUAUCUCCAGACUCACUGGACUUCGCAAGCUUAUUAUCAGUUUCAAUGAAUUUACUUGUUUAGAUGAUGUUUACCACUUGCCCAGCUUGGAAUAUUUUGAUGCCAGCCAUAACCACGUCAUAACUCUUGAAGGCAUUAGAGGAUUAAACAAACUGAAGUAUUUGGACUUAAGCUGGAAUCAGCUGAAAAAGCCAGCAGAAGAAAUUGGUGUCUUGCGUAAACAUACACCGAUGUUGCUCAGUUUGGAUAUCAGGCAUAAUCCAUGGCAUAAGCCAGCCUCUGUGCGCCUGAGUGUGAUUGGCCAGUUGAGAGCUCUAAGACACCUUGAUGGAAUUUUGAUUACUGGGGAAGAGGCAGCAGCUGCUAUUCAAUAUAUAACAGACUCCAAAAUCACCGAGAUGUCUCUGAUAGAGUGUUCUCGGACAGAUCAGGAGAAGCUGCAUAUCCUUAGUGUCUUGCCGUAUGCCAAAAUCUUGAGUCAGAUAAGCAAUAACAAAGUGGAUGUAUUUCAGAACAACUGGCAUUCUAGUAUUACUGUAUUAGAUCUGGAUGGACAGCAUCUCUGCAAAAUCAGUGGGCUAGAACAGCUAGAGAAUUUGCGAUGGGCAUCAUUCAGCAACAAUAAUCUGACUAAAAUAGAAGGUUUAGAUCAUUGCCUUAAUCUGGAGGAACUCACAUUAGAUGGAAACUGCAUUGUAAACCUUGAAGGUAUUUCAAAACUUUCCAAACUCAUGCGACUGAGUGCCAACAACAACCACCUCACCACCCUGGAGAGAAAUGUCUUUGAUAACCUGUCGCAUCUCCAUUACCUUUCUCUUGAAAACAACCGGAUCACAUCAUUAGGAGGUUUACAAAAGGCCUAUGCACUCAUUGAACUCUACAUAAGCAACAACUAUGUGUCCUCAAACCAAGAAAUAUAUCAAUUAAAGGGGCUAAAUAAUCUAGCUAUACUGGACUUUUAUGGAAAUUUGAUUGUUUGGAAGCAAGAAAAUUACCGCCUUUUUGUCAUUUUUCAUAUUUCUUCUCUGAAAGCCUUGGAUGGUGUUGCUGUGGAAGCAACUGAAAUAGAAAAUGCGAAAGAUCAGUUUGGUGGCAAACUUAAUGCUGAUAUGGUGGCAGAAAGACUGGGCCAUUCAAACUUCAGCAAAAUGCAAGAAUUAAAUUGGACAGCCUCUAUGAUCAGAAUGGUGGAUCUUGUGCCAGCAGACCAGUUUAAAAACAUCACUAGUGUGAAUUUACAGAACAAUAAUCUUACCUCUUUCAGUGGUUUGAUCUUCCUACCUAAUAUUAAGGUUCUCUGCCUCAAUUACAAUCACAUUGAGUCCAUUUUCCCAAGACAAAAGCCUUCCAAUCACUUAACAAACAGACAGUUGCUACAUCAGAAAGUGAUGUCCAGUGGAUAUGGACAGCAAGGGUCUUCAAAAAGCAGCAGGGAUACAGGAGUCAGUGAAAGCUUGCCUCCAAUAAUGGAGAGUUUAGAAGUUCUCCAUUUGGGCUAUAAUGGAAUUAUAAAUUUGGUCUUGUUACAGAUUAGCAGGCUAAAGAAUCUGAAGUUUUUGUUUUUACAGGGUAAUGAAAUCAGCCACAUUGAAGGGCUCGAAGGCCUGCAAAUUUUGCAGGAAUUGGUGCUGGAUCAUAACAAAAUUAAAGUUAUCGGUGAGAAUUCUUUUGCCAGACAGAACUCCUUGCUGGCUCUUCACCUGGAGGAGAAUCGCCUGCGUGAACUCAACAAUUUGCUUCCCUUGGGAAAACUACAGAAGCUUUUCCUUGGUCUCAACAGAAUUCAGGAUUUGGUCGAACUUGAAAAACUUGAAUAUCUUCCUUGUAUUAAAGAACUUUCAAUAUACGGAAAUCCAGUAUCACGUAAAAUUUCCCAUCGCCCCCUCCUUAUAUUUCGCUUACCUAACCUUCAGGUUUUGGAUGGCAUAACAGUUAACCCAGAAGAGAGGGCAAGAGCUGAAUUCCAUUUGCUAGAACAGCAAGUUCUUCCUUCUGCCAAUUCUCCAAUAGAGUGUGGAUUUCCUGGGCUCUUACCUUCUUUCCCCAAAGCAUGCCCCUUGAAGAUUGCUAAUAUGAGUCUUUCGGGAGCAAUCAGCCAUGCAUAUGUGACUGAGUUUGGUUUUCCCUAUACUAUUGAUGAAGUGAAUGUAAGCGAGGCUAACAAAAGUAGGAAACCAAAGAGCACAGCCCUGGGAUUGUGUAGUUCUCGGAGCAUUCAUGCUGAAUUAGCCAUGAGGCAAGCCAAAAAUACAUCGGGUAACUUUCCAAGCCAUGGGACCUCAUAGAUCAUCCUUGCUGAAUAAUUGCCACAAUACAUUUUCAUUUUGCUGCAGUGAAAGAACAGUGAACUGUUCCUCUGGAAAUUACUGGAGACAAUUUUGAGUGCCAGACUGAGGGAUGCUGGUAUACAUAAAAACGUAACACCUGAUGCUUGUGUGCAUUUGAAUUUCCAUCCAACUAUAUUGUAAAUCAGUUUUAUUUAUUAAUGGAAAGAAAAAAGACCACUACAAACCAUGAUUUUCCAGAUGUAAUAUGCUGUUGCUAAUAGAAAUAUUCUCUAUUUCAUUAUAUUAGCAGAGUGCUUUCUUUCUCAUGUCACCAUAUGCCGGGAUUCCCUGUAUUAUGUAGGUUUGGGUAGAAACACAUUCUGUUAUGUGUUAAGCAGGAAAACAAGAGAUCCAAAAUUAUGAAGUUAUAUGUUUUAGAAGGCUGACUGAAUGAUUUUUAAAAAAAAUAUUUUUGGCUUUUGAGAAAUAGUAAUUGUAAAGAAAAAUAUAAUACUCCCAUCAAUUCCUAUAAUAUGUGCAAUUAAGAAGAGUUCGAAAUGUACCAUAUGUUGGAAUCUCAUCUGUGGAUUAAAUCAAAGAAUGAUUUCUAAACAGAA